AUGUUAUUACUAAAUAUCAAUGUGAAUUUUAAUAUUGAAGAACAUAUAGAUAUUAGCAAUGGCAAUGAUAAUGAACUUAAUAAUAUGUUUAACAGAAUUCUUGAUACAACAAAUGGUGCUGAUCAGAUUCAAAUAUCAGAUUUAUGUACUCUUCUUCUCUCAGAAAACAUUAGACAGUUUAUUUGCCAACAUGCACUUGAAGAAAUUGAUGCUUUUAGUAUUCAUUAG